CUUCCCCGCAGUUAUCGAAAUCACAUGAAAUGCAUUGUAACCAGAGAAUACAAAAAACACUAGAAAUCAAAACAACGAUUUAGAGAAAACGAAGAAGACGCUAAAUAAAGGUUAAAAGUGAGGAAGGGAUAUUAGCAGACGCGAAAAACGAAAGAAGUUAAAAAACACCAAAAGACAAGAAAAUUGUGCGAAAAAGUAAAUUGACGGCGUGCUGUGGAAAAUUGCAGGAAAAAUAAUUGCAGUAGGAAAAGAAAUGAGUGCAAUGGCGGAUGGUAAUAAUGAAUCAAGUGGCGAAAGUGGUAGCGUCACUGCCGGUAGCAUUACAAUAAGAGCACCAGCGGAGCACUCAAUUCGAAUCAAUAAAUGGCGCGUUCGCGAAGGUUUCCCCAUAACAUCCUCCCAAGUGAUUUUGUUGUAUGAAAUCACAAGCAGCGGUAAUGGCUCGACAGCUUCAUCUACAAAAACUGUAGCGGCAUCGGUAGUUUCAGUUGAUAAUACUUUACACAAAUUGAAAGCGAAUCGUGUAGGCGUGGUAAAGAAACGCUUGUACAAGGAGGGUCAGUUAGUACCGCGGGGAGCGACGCUUUUGGAAUUGGCCGAGUGCGCCCAUACGACAGUGAUAAAAGACAUGUGUGCUGAUUGCGGUGCGGAUUUGCGCCAAAACGAAAAUGGAAAUACGUCGGAAGCAUCUGUACCGAUGGUGCACUCUAUCCCUGAUCUUAAAGUAACACAAAAGCUUGCACAAAAACUGGGCCAUGAUGAUACACGCCGUUUGCUUCAAGACCGGAAACUAGUACUCCUGGUCGACUUAGAUCAAACGGUGAUACACACAACUAACGAUAACGUUCCGAACAAUAUUAAAGGCAUUUAUCACUUUCAACUCUACGGGCCGCACUCUCCUUGGUACCACACUCGCCUGCGUCCCGGUACCCCGCUUUUUCUUGAUCGAAUGUCAAAGUUUUAUGAACUACAUAUUUGCACUUUUGGCGCGCGCAAUUACGCACACAUGAUUGCACAAUUACUUGAUCCGGAAGGGAAAUAUUUUUCACAUCGUAUUCUCUCCCGUGAUGAAUGUUUUAAUGCUACAAGUAAAACUGAUAAUUUAAAAGCUCUUUUUCCUAAUGGUGAUUCUAUGGUUUGCAUAAUUGACGAUCGUGAAGAUGUGUGGAAUAUGGCAUCCAAUUUAAUUCAAGUCAAGCCCUAUCACUUCUUCCAACAUACAGGUGACAUAAAUGCACCACCUGGUUUAUCCAAACAUGAAUUGGACGGCGAGGGUCUUGAUUUUAAAGAUUUAAAAAACCUAACAACUGACACGAAUAAGGCGGAUACAACAGAUGGAGAGUGCAAAGAAAAGGUUGCAGAAUCAGAGUCCUCUGACGGUAUUUCAGAGCGAUCGGAAACGGACACAGAGUGUAAAAGAGACGAUACUAUUGUUGAUGUCGUUAAAAACGAUACUAUAUCCAAUACAGAAGCGACAACAACCGUUGAACCAUCAAUAAAUAUUGCAAAAAAUGAAAUCGAAGUCGAAGCAAAAGAUGUUGCUAGUGACACCCCCGAUUCGAAUGAAAAAAUAAUUUCAAUAUCUGACGAAAAAUAUGAAAGUAAUUCUGAGAACGCGGCAGUACAAAUGGAAACUGAAAUAGAAACAACACCCAAAAUAAAACUACCCUCUGAUCCACUUCAACAAAUUGAAAUCGAAGAUCCUGAUGAUUAUCUUAUGUAUCUAGAAGAAAUUCUUAAAAAUAUACAUUCGCGUUUUUAUGCUAUUUAUGAUGAAACUCAGGAAAUACCCGAUUUGAAGAUUAUUGUUCCAAAAAUUCGUUCCGAAGUAUUACGUGGAAAGACUUUAGUGUUUUCGGGGCUAGUGCCCACGAAUAUGCAAUUAGAGCAGUCCCGUGCUUAUUUCAUCGCGAAAAGUUUGGGUGCAAACGUGUCACAAAGUAUUGGACUAGAAACGACACACCUUGUCGCCGUAAACUCUGGUACAUUCAAGGUGAAUGCUGCCAAAAAGAAUCCGAAAAUUAAGGUUGUCAAUGCAAGCUGGUUAUGGACAUCUGCCGAACGCUGGGAGCAUGUGGACGAGAGACUCUUUCCUUUGGAUCGCAAAACCAAAAGUAGACAACGAAAGCCGCCCGCACAUUGCCAUAGUCCAGAGCAUGUUGUUAAUUACAGUGACAAGUCGGAGAUAUCACCGUCAAGUAGCGCACAGCAACAGCAGGCUAAAGCGCCUGAAAAAUUUAUAGACACAAUCAAUCCCCUAUUGUCGUUUUCAAAUGCAGAUUUAGCAGAUAUGAAUAAAGAGUUUGAUCAGUUUUUUGAAUCAGAUUCAUCCAGUGAGGAUGAACACGUUAAUAUUGAAAAUCCACCUGUAGACAAGACAUUGCGUAAACGAAGACGUGAGGAAAAAGAACAAGAUCGCACACGGGAAUUCUUCACACGUGCAUCGGAUUUAAUUAUACGUUCAGGAACCAACGAGGAUGCAGAUAAGAGUUCAGAAGGGGAAGACAAUGAUGACGAUGAUGAGUCACCAAGUGCAAAAUUUCGAAGAGGUGAGAAAUUACCAUCUGACAUAGAAAUGGGGACAGAUUCUGAUGAUGGGAGUCAUGGCAAUGAAGAUAGUGGGGAUGAUGGCGAAUGGAAUAUGAUGGGUGCUGCGCUGGAACGUGAAUUUCUUGGACUAGAUGAUUAGCUUUUAUUGUUUUAAUUUAGAAAAAAUUAAGGUCAGUACGCUUAUAAAGCUUUUAAAUUACAAAGAUGUGUGCCCUACGCAUAUGUAUAAGUAUAUAAAUGCAGGCAUAGACUGUUGUAAACUAAAUUGAAAGCAAUUUUAAAUGAAUAAACAUUAAGGUGGACCCGCAA